AUCCCGCCCAGGUCACCGAUUGGAUGAUGUCUCGGCCAUGCGACGUCACCUGGUCAGCAAGAGCGCCAGGGGGCCGAUGGUCUACGCCUCCGGGGACCCCCGCUCCGAGACCGCCGGCCACAGCCCCAAACCGGACCGCUCUCCGCACGAGGUGUUUGUGGAGCUGAACGAGCUGGUGGUGGAUCAGAACCAGCAGGUCCAGUGGCGCGAGACGGCGCGCUGGAUCAAGUUUGAGGAAGACGUGGAGGAGGAGACGGAGAGGUGGGGGCGUCCCCACGUCGCCUCGCUCUCCUUCCGCUCCUUGCUGGAGCUACGCAGGACCCUCUCCCAUGGCGCGGUCCUGCUGGACCUGGACCAGAAGACCCUCCCGGGCAUCGCCCAGCAGGUGGUGGAGCAGAUGGUGAUCUCGGACCAGAUCAGAGCCGAGGACCGCGGCAACGUCCUGAGAGCCCUGCUGCUCAAACACAGUCAUCCGAGCCGUGAGAAGGAGUUCAGCUCCUACAGCAGGAACGUCCCGGCGGCAAGCAUGACCCCCCCGAAAGGGGGCGUGGUCACCCACCCCGACCCCUCCCAGAGACAGACCGGGGGGUCUGGGGGAGACGGUUACCACGGAGACACAGAGCUGGAGCCGGACAGGAAUGAGAGAGAGUUCCACCCUUUGCGUCGCUCCAGGUCCAAACAGGAGCUGAAGUUACUGGAGAAGAUCCCUGAGAAGGCUGAAGCCACCGUGGUCCUAGUAGGCAGCGUGGGCUUCCUGGACCAGCCCUCCAUGGCCUUCGUUCGGCUCCAGGAGGCGGUCCCGCUGGAGUCGGUUCUGGAAGUUCCGGUUCCUGUCCGCUUCCUCUUCCUGCUUCUGGGCCCGCCCACCGCCAACAUCGACUACCACCAGAUUGGACGUUGAAUCUCUACACUCAUGUCCGACAAGAAGUUCCACGAGGCGGCCUACAUGGCAGACGACCGGCAGGACCUGCUGACGGCCAUCAACUGCUUCCUGGACAGCAGCGUGGUCCUCCCGCCGUCGGAGAUGGAGGGGGACGACAUGCUGCGCUCCGUCUCCCACUUUCAGAGAGACAUGCUCCGCAAGAGCAUAGACGGCGCCGCAGCCACCAAGGAAACCGAAGGCUUCAAGGACGCAGGCGCCCCGGACCCGUCCAAGCCCGGCGACGACCCCCUGAGGCGGACGGGUCGUCUGUUCGGGGUGGUGAAGGACGUGGCGCGGCGGUACCCCCAGUACCUCACCGACAUCCGGGACGCCAUGAACCCCCAGUGCAUGGCCGCCGUCAUCUUCAUAUACUUUGCCGCCCUGUCGCCGGCCAUCACCUUCGGAGGCCUCCUGGGUGAGAAGACUGAAGGGCUGAUCGGCGUGUCUGAGUUGAUCGUUGCCACGGCGCUACAUGGCCUGGUGUUCAGCAUCCUCGGAGCCCAGCCGCUGCUCAUAGUGGGCUUCUCAGGGCCCCUGCUGGUGUUUGAGGAAGCCUUCUACUCGUUCUGCAAGCAGACUGAGAUGGAGUACCUGACAGCCCGGGUGUGGAUCGGGUUCUGGUUGGUCCUGAUCGUGGUUCUCACCGUGGCCUUCGAGGGCAGCUUCCUGGUCCGCUUCGUCUCCCGCUUCACCCAGGAGAUCUUCUCCUUCCUCAUCUCCUUCAUCUUCAUCUACGAGACCUUCUCCAAGCUGGUCAAGAUUUUCCAAGAGCACCCUCUGAAAAGCAACUGCUCCGCCCCCAUCAAUGAGACCUUGUACCCGUUCAACGCCACCUUGGAUGUGAGCCCUGCUGGGAAGGUUGUGGGAGAGCCCAACACCGCCCUGCUCUCCCUGGUGCUUAUGUCCGGAACUUUCCUCAUGGCCUUCUACCUCCGCAAGUUCAAAAACAGCGUCUUCUUCCCCGGCAGGCUACGGCGGAUCAUCGGAGACUUUGGCGUCCCCAUCGCUAUCCUCAUCAUGGUGCUGGUGGACUGGAGCAUUGCCGACGCCUACACCCAGAAACUGAGCGUGCCCAGUGGCUUCUCGGUGUCCACGCCGGAGAAGCGUGAUUGGUUCAUCUCCCCGCUGGGCUCCGACGGACAGUUUCCUGUGUGGAUGAUGUGCGCCAGCGUCCUGCCAGCCAUCCUCGUCUUCAUCCUCGUCUUCAUGGAGUCCCAGAUCACCGCGCUGAUUUGUAGCAAAAAGGAGCGCAUGCUAACCAAGGGGACGGGCUUCCACCUGGACCUGCUGAUCAUCGUGGCGGUGGGCGGGAUCUCCGCCAUGUUCGGCUUGCCCUGGCUGUCGGCCGCCACCGUGCGCUCCGUCACGCACACCAACGCCCUCACCGUGAUGAGCAAGGCCGUCGCCCCGGGAGACAAGCCCCGUGUCCAGGAGGUCAAGGAGCAGAGGGUGACCGGGUUCCUGGUGGCCGUGCUGGUCGGCCUGUCCAUCGUCAUGGGGGAGGUCCUGAGACAGAUUCCUCUGCCCGUCCUGUUCGGGAUCUUCCUCUACAUGGGGGUCAUGUCGCUGAACGGCAUCCAGCUGACCGACCGCUUGCUGCUGCUCAUGAUGCCCGCCAAGUACCACCCUGACCUCAGCUACGUCACCAAGGUGCGGACGGUGCGGAUGCACCUGUUCACCUGUGUGCAGCUGCUUUGUCUGUCUCUGCUGUGGGUCGUCAUGUCGACGGCCGCCGCACUGGCCUUCCCUUUUGUCCUCCUCCUCACCAUCCCUGUGAAGAGAUUGCUGCUGCCCCGUAUCUUUACCCACCGCGAGAUACAGUGUCUCGACGCGGACGACGCCGAGCCUCGUCUGGACGACCUGCAGGUUCAGGACGAAUACACACAGAUGCAGAUGCCUGUGUGACCUUGAACCCCCAACACUGCUGCUGCUCACUGUGGAUUGGUUACACACACCUUGUCUUGUGAGGACCACCUAUUGGGGACUGCGUUGUGGGGACCAAGUGCAGCUGACAGACCAGAGGCUCCCCCAGUCACAGAUCAAGUUGAGCUCCAGACUGCACUGGGCAUUUUCUUUUUAUUUAGAAGAAAUUUACAUUUAGUGGAACCGCGUAUAUAUAUGCUAUUUUUGUUAGAGAAUCGCCUCACCUUGCGGAUAUAUUCUGUUUGAUAAUAACCCUUGUUCUAAUAUGUACUACAAAUAAAUAUUCAAAAUCAAA